CACGCACAUCGUAAUCUCUAUUGGUGGCAACACUUUUGCUCUCCGUCGAUGGCGUUGUUUUCCUUAAUGGGAAUGGAUCUUGUCCUAAGCGAGAAAAGGAAGAAGAAGAAGUCUUGCUUUCGUCUCUUCAUCCUGCCUUGUCCCUUUCUUACCAUUUCUGCGGCGACAGAGUGAGGAGGAGAUCAGAUGGUGAGGGGGAAGACGGAGAUUCGGCGGAUAGAGAACUCGGCGAGGCGGCAGGUGACUUUCUCCAAGCGCCGCAACGGCCUCCUCAAGAAGGCCCGCGAGCUCUCCGUUCUUUGCGACGCCGAGGUCGCCGUCAUCGUCUUCUCCCUCAGCGGCAAACUCUUCGAGUUCUCCAGCUCAAGAAGAAGAAGAUUAAUUUCAUGGAAGGAUAAGCAUGAAGAUCAGCUCAACUUAUUCAUGACUCAGGAACAAAAAAAUGAAAGAAGAGAAGAACAUGUGGUACACAACCAUAAAAUGGGAGGAGGAAUGUUCAUCAAGCUUGAUGAAUCAUUUAGUGGCAAUAUUCUUUUGGAGGAGGUUCACUCAAAAUAUCAAUGGAGAAAAGCGCGGAGAGGACGAUUGAACGGUAUAAGCAGCAAACUGGAAAUGGCAACAGAGCUAAAGGAAUUGAGAAAGACGUGCAGCAUAGGAGAACCGAAGCCAUUGAUACUGCAAACAAAAUUGAGACUCUUGAAUCUCACAACCGUUGGCUCCAGAAAACUCUUGGGCGAAGGAUUAGAUGGAUGUUCUCAUGACGAGCUGCUUUCAUUAGAGGCUCAGAUUGUAAGAAGCUUACAGAAGAUUAGAGGAAGAAAGAAAUCGAUGUUUGAGGAACAAAUUGUGCAGCUAAAUGAUAAGGUGAGGGUGCUUUUAGAGGAGAAUGUAAGCUUGCAUCAAGAGAGCCAUCGCCAUGCAGAGGCUCAACUGCAGCUAAGAGCUGGCAGAGAUGCUGAUCCAACAAAUAACGUGGAGGUAGAAACAGAGCUCGUAAUUGGAAUGCCAGGAACUAGGGAGGUUAAAUGAAAACAUAAUCCAUGUCAAUGUUGAUCAAACUUACAACACAUGGAAUUUUAACUUACUAGCAAUAAAUUUGAGGAGCUUUACUGUCAUGGGCUGAGGUAACAAUUAAUGUGGAGAACUUAUUAAUGUUUCUGACACUUCAAUAAAGCCACGAAUUAUUUA